GUGGCGCACGUCCGCCAGCGCAUGGCGUGGGACUGCGGCCUCGCGUGCGUGCUCAUGGUGCUGAGCGCGGCCGAGUUCCCGCGCUACGACGCGACCUGGGACCGCGUGCACGCGGCCUGCGGCACGCGGAGCGUCUGGACCGUGGACCUGGCCUUUGCGCUGAAGGCGUUCGGAGUUAGGUUUGUGUUCGCGACGAAAACCUUGGGCUGCGACCCGUCCUACCGGGACAUGUCCUUCUACAAGCGCGAGCUGUCCUUGGACGAGCGGCGCGUGGCGGGCCUCUUCGAGCGGGCCUUCGCGGGCGAGAUUUGUUUGAGGAAGGGCACGGUGCCGUCGGACGCGCUCGGCGAGCUUCUGGGGACGCACCGCGCGCUGGUCAUCGCGCUCGUGGACCUGCGCUUCCUCUACUCGCGCACGGCCGUGGGCCGCGCCAUCGCGUCGUUGCCCUACUCCUACACGGGCCACUACAUCGUGCUCACGGGUUUGGACGCCGCGGGCCGCGUCCUCUACAAGGACCCGGCGUCCGCGGGCGAGGACCACGCCAUCGGCCUGGCGGACCUCCACCGCGCGCGCGCGGCCCACGGCACGGACGAGGACCUCAUCCUCGUCGCCGUC